CCUGUGACAGUUGACACUCGAGGACCAGCAGCAGCGACUGAAAUCAAAACACAAGAGUAUUUUAUAACUUUUCCUUGAUUUAGGGAAGAAAUGGAUUACAUUAAUGACGUUUGUUGAUAUAAACGUUGCUAAACGACGUGGUUUCGUGUUUUUGUUUACUGUUUUUUUCCUGUUUACUUUUUAAGCAUGGAUGCUGAGGGCCCCCAGGCCUUGUGCGACCUCUGCUUGGCUCAGGUGUGCCGCAGCCUGGACUCCCUGUGCAGCAGGCGAGCAGACGGCUCCAUGAGCCUCAUCUGGGCCCCGCUCCUCCCACAGGAGACGGCUGACCAGCUGCUGCAUAAAAUGGCAACUACAGGGAUACUGAAUGACACAACUGUUGGGAUUUUCCGAAACUGCAAAGAGCUCCGCCUGCGCCGAGCCUCCAUCCGCUGCUGUCCUGUGUCCGCAGAGGGUUUUUGCCUGGCCCUCUGCCCUCACCGACUCCAGGAACUAGAUGCCUCCUGGGUCCCUGAGGGCCUCACUGGGGCUGAUAUUGUCUCGGGCCUGGCCUCCAACCUGGAGUGCAGAUCCAGCCUGCAGAGGUUGUCCCUCAAUGGGCUACGUCUGGACUGGGAGUCACUGGAGGAGGACGUAGUUGGCUUCAGCUCUCUGCAGGGCCUGAGGACGCUAAACUUGGCCAACACAGACCUGACUGAUGCUGUCCUUGAGGAUAUCUGCACCCUCCCUCAGUUGGAGACUCUGGAUAUCUCCUGCAGUGCUGUCUCAAAGCUCACAGCACUCCUUGAGUGCAAGAACACUCUGAAGUCUUUAAUUGCCCAUCGGCUGCGGCAGCUUGAUAUGUCACCUGCCAGGCUGCUCUUUGUCCUCAGCCAGCUCCACGCUCUCAGGCAUCUGGACUUUUCAGAUGACCACUUUUCUGUGGAUGACAGUGAUGGGAGAGAUGGGGACGAGACAGUGCGGCAGCUUCUGGAGGGGAGUCCCCAGGUUCUCCCUUCCCUUGUUUCUCUAGAUAUCUCAGGGCGGAAGAGAAUCACUGAAGCAGCAGUCCGAGUGUUUGUGGAGGCCAGGAGUAGCUUCGUCUUCUUGGGCCUGCUAGCCACUGGGGUUAGCUCCUGUGAGGUCCUCUCUUCACGGGAAAACCUAAAAGUAACCGGCGAGGCUAAUGAGAAGCAGGUGUGUGAGGCCCUGAGAAGGUACAGAGACAGGGAGUGUUUCACACGAGAGGCCCUCAUCCAUCUCUACAAUCUAACCACAGACAUUGACAAACCACGACCGGACAUGCUAAAGCUGGUGCUGGGCGGGAUGCAGAGCCACCCCACCUCCCUGCAUGUCCACUUGGUAGCCACUGCGUGUGCAUUCAACCUGACCACUCAGGACCUGGCAGAGGCCAUGCCUGUCAGCCUGCUCACCUCCACUGUCACCCAGCUGUUGUUCGCCAUGAAGACCUUCCCCAGCCACCAACAGGUGCAAAAAAACUGUCUGCUGGCUCUCUGCAGUGACUACAUCCUUCAGGAUGUCCCGUUUGACAAGUAUUUAGCAGCCACACUGGUGAUUAACUGGCUGAGCAGCCACGAGGAUCCGACCCUGCAGAGGAUGGCCGUGGCCGUCAUCUCCAUUCUGGUGGCCAAGUUGUCCACAGAGGAGACUGCGCAGCUCAGCAAGGAUGUUUUUAUUAUGAAGCAGCUGCUGGCUAUCGUGCAGCAGAAGGCCAUGGUGGGAGUAGUGGACUCCACUCUUAAGUUUGCCCUGAGUGCUCUGUGGAAUCUGACGGAUGAGAUGCCCGCCGCGGCCCGCAACUUCAUCGAGUGCCAGGGCCUGGAGCUGUACGAGGAGGUUCUGGAGUCCUACUAUACUGAACCUUCUAUUCAACAGAAAAUUCUUGGCCUCCUGAACAACUUAGCAGAGGUGGAGGAGCUGCAGGCAGACCUAUUGGAGGAAGACCUGCUGGAACACAUCCUCAGCCUCCUGCAGGACUCCCAGGUGGAGGUCGGGGUCCGUUACUUUGCCGGGGGGAUUCUGGCACAUCUCACCUCCAGACCUGAGGCCUGGACCCUGGACGAGGAGCUCCGCUCUACCAUACUGCAUCAACUGCAUACUUCCAUAAUGACAUGGACCCAACUGGAGAGAGAAAUGGUCUCUUAUAGGUCGUUCCGUCCCUUUUGCCCUCUGCUGCAGACUUGCCAGCCCUCAGGAGUGCAGCUGUGGGCAGUCUGGGCCAUACAUCUGGUCUGCAGUCAAAACACGUCCCAUUACAGCAGCAUGCUGGAGAAGGAAAGCGUGACUGAACUUCUGAAGGCUUUGGCUGCACAUCCUGACACACACGGCGACAUUAAAGGGCUAUCAGAGAACAUCUUGCGAAUGGUAGAGCAACACCAGAGUCACUCUGGGGCCUUUGACAACCAGACAGGACCUCGAAACUCCUGACAAAAGUGUGAAAGAAGGAAUUAAAUGUCGUGCUAAAUGGAAAGUCGCAGAUGCAGCAGAUACAGUAUUGAUGUGCUGACACUUUGUGUCAGUCCUCUUGGAAUAAAUAAUGGAAUAUAUAUUUGAUAUAAAAAAAAAGAGUACAAUCACUGGUUGUGAGAAGUUAUUUCUGUCAUUAUCUACUGUAAUAAGAAUGACAGAAUGUUGCAAUGCAUUGGAAAUCAAUAAAAAAUGUUUAUAGAGAAUAGUUAAUGUCCUGAUUAAUAUCUGCACUACUUUGAGGUCAAAUUUCUGCUUGAUUUAAAACUUAAUGAAGUGUUCCAAAUAAACUGAAGUUGGAGACCAAAGCUUGUGUUGUAAAUCAUGCAUAGACCCAAAACCUGUCACUAGAGGGUGCUUUAGUACUGUAGCUUCAGGGCUGUUUUGCUCAUGAGAUCUGUUUGUGUAAAAUGCUCUGUCGUUAGAUGUAUGGAUUCAGCAUCAUACAUAAAUGACAAGAUAUUAAAGCAGCCCAAAUCUUUGGA